AUGGGAUCCCUGCUCGCUGCCGAGCCGGUCGAGGGCGGAGGCGGCCCAGGCGCGGACGUCGUGGGCCCGCGGCCUCGGGCUGCGCCUGCUGCCCCUGGCCGCGCCGCCGUGGCGGCGGCCGGCCCCGGCGGGGCCGCCGCCGGGGGCAACCACACGGUGCUGCUCCGCAGCGACGGCUCCGCGGCGGCCUGCGGCAGGGGCAGCUCCGGGCAGUGCGCCCUGCCGGGCCUGACCCGGGCCUCGGCUACGUGCAGGCCGCAGCUGGGGUGUCGCACACGGUGCUGCUGCGCAGCGACGGCUCCGCCGCGGCCUGCGGGGCGAACCGGGCGGGGCAGUGCGGCCUCCCUGCCGUGGGCGCGGGCGUGUCCUACGUGCAGGUGGCGGCUGGGGCCUGACGCUCACACGGUGCUGCUCCGCAGCGACGGCUCCGCGGUGGCCUGCGGCAGCAACGGAGCCGCGCAGUGCGACAUCCCAGCGCUGGGCCCAGCGCAGACCUACGUGCAGGUCGCCGCCGCAGAGAACCACACGGUGCUGCUCCGCAGCGACGGCUCCGCCGUGGCCUUUGGGAGCAACAGGUUCGGACAGUGCGACCUUCCAGUUUUGGGCCCGGGCCUGAAGUAUGUGGAGGUUGCCGCCGGAGUGACGCACACAGUCCUGCUCCGCAGCGACGGCUCUGCGGUAGCCUGCGGGCGGAACCUAGCUGGACAGUGCGACCUCCCCAUUCUGGCCCCAGGCCUGACUUAUGGGACGCCAGUGCCACCAACGCGUGCCUUGCAGGCCUCGUUGGAUGGUGAUACCAUCCGUGUGUAUACUGUCGGAGGAGAGGAGGUUGGCUAUUUCACAGCAGCGCCCAUCGACCGUUGCCUCAGAGGAGUGAUGACGCACCAUCUGUCGUCUAUGGAGGGUGUGGAUCUUGCAAGCGUGGAUGUCGUUUUGCCCAGAGGUAGUCUGCUGAGCGAGCUUUCAGCUGAAGAGACAAUAGGCAGUUUCUUCGGCUUUGAUGAUCGGUGCAGUUGA